GAUAGGAGAAGAAAAAGGAGGAGGAGGAAGAUGUCAGCAGUGUCAGCCAUCUAACACCUGAGACUCUGACGUCGGCAAUAUCUAAAUGCACGAAGCCGCAGCGGUCUCAGACCCCACGUUGCACAAACAAACAAAGAGGAAUCGUCGCAAACACAGCCAGCUCACCCUCCGCCCAUACUGUACCCCUUGCCCCCCCCUCCCCACCUCAAUCAUUUGCAUUUAUAUUGAAAUAGAAGCCGCCCAUGCAGACGGAUUCCAACGGGAGAUUACGGUUCAUUACGUCGCCUCAUUACAAAGAGAGACGCUGAGGUGUGGGGGCACUACAGAGGCCCUCGUGUCACCCUCGAUUCCAUUUUGGCAAAGAAAUAAAAAGCUCGAGCCAGCGCCUCGUUUUACGACUGGACACAAAAACCACAGGAGGCAUGACGUGGAUUUAGCGCGUUCUUUUGACGAUAUGGCAGCAACGAGGUCAACUAGCGUUAAAAAAAACAAUACAGCAACAACAAACGCAAGAGACGUUAUAGGAGCAGUGCAUUGUGGGAAGGCGGAUAGUCGCUGUUUUAGUGUUACAAGAGGGUCCAUUAAAUAGGAAAUAAUAAGAAAUGGCCUGUUCAAGUCAAAUAGAUCGCUUGACGUGAAUAAAGCUAUGAAUUCAGACUGGCCCUGAAGGCAACGCCAGGCUUGAAUUAAAUGGAUAGAAAUUCAUCAUAGUAAACAAUAGCGCCCCCAAGUGUCCGUUUCGUGCAACAGAAGACUCGUAUAAGUGUCGCCAAGUCUUAUUGUGAAGGUUGCUGGAAAGUCGGAAGUAAACAAUGCCGUUUCCGCUUGUGUUCCUUCUGGUUUUGCUGCCCUUUUGCCCACUUCGUCGUUGCUCACAAGCGUUUGGGUUCGGUUCCGUCCCACCCGGCCAUGAGUGCACUUCUUCCCCGUAUCGAGCAGCUGUCUGCCCGCGUGGUUCGGGUUUUGGGUUGUAAUCCGGGACCGAUGACCCUGCAGGGGACGAACACGUAUCUGGUCGGAACCGGGGACAGGCGAGUGCUCAUUGACACCGGCGAACCGGCGGUCCCGGAGUACAUCAGCAGUCUGAAGGAGGUUCUGAGCACGUUCAACACCAGCAUUCAGGAGAUCCUGGUCACCCACUGGCAUCACGACCACACGGGCGGCGUGGACGACAUCUGCAGGGACAUUACAGGUUCCGAGGUCCGAGUCAGCAAACUUCCCCGAUCCAGCCAGGUCUACGAGGGCUCGGGAAGCCAGAAGUACACGUACUUGAAAGACGGAGAUGUGGUCCACACGGAGGGAGCCACGCUCAAGGUGGUUUUCACGCCAGGCCACACAGACGACCACAUGGCGUUGCUUCUGGAGGAGGAGUCGGCUCUGUUUUCGGGCGACUGCAUCCUGGGCGAGGGCACAGCCGUCUUCGAGGACCUCCACGAUUACAUGAGGUCGCUGAGGACGCUGAUGGACGCCGGCGCUGACCUCAUCUACCCUGGUCACGGUCCCGUGGUUCGAGACGCCAGCGAGAAAAUCCAACACUACAUCAGCCACCGCGAUCAGAGGGAGCGACAGAUACUGGCGACCAUUCGGGCCGCAGCGGGAAAGCCCUUCACCUCCAUGGAACUUGUCAAGAUCGUCUACAAGGACACUCCUGAGCACCUUCAUCAGGCUGCCAAUGUGAACCUGGUGCACCACUUGAAGAAACUGGAGAAAGAAGGAAAGAUAAGUCAAGUGAUGACAGAAUCAUCAUGGAACAACACAUGGAGGAGUAACCUGUGACGAGGAUGACGUUGUAUAUUCGGUGAACGUAAUCAGCACAAAUGGAUUUUUUUUUUUUUUUAACACCACUGAGAUUCAUCAGUGUCCACUACUCAGAUUUAUUUACACUGAAAACACAUUGGUAUGUAACGUAGAUUAUUUUUGGAUUACUUUAUCAACCGUGAAGAAAAAUCACAGUCACAAACAUCACAGCAAGCAAACUGGAGCUUAAAAUGUGUAAAAGUGACCCCCCCCCCACAAAAAAAGUUAUUUUUUAAAAUGAGAUGACUCGUACAAAUCAGCCUUUUUUUUUUCCAUCUGCAAGAUUCUUUUCUUCACAAGAACUUAAUUGUUCACAAUGGAUGCACCGGGACACCUCAUAAUUAGUCACGAUGUGAUUUUUCUCUGCCAAUCAUCAAUGAAAAUGACAAUAAUUAAUCGUAGCAGUCAGGCUCACUUAGAUUUGCUGCAUGAAAUGUAACAUUUGGAAACGGUAAUAAAAAAAACAAAAAAAUAAAUAAAAAAGCAAGUUGACCCUAGUUGGUGCACCGCUGUUCCCUAUAGAAAUGGGAAAAGAACCCCAAGAUGUUAAGAUUUGUAGUAAAAAAUAAAUACAUUUGAGAAUGCAAAUGCUCACGUUGAACCGUUUGAUUCAGUGGAAAAAAAACAGAAAACUGUAAAUUGACCAAUGUAAAUCUGGCGUACCCCUUGGAUGCCAGCUAUGCACACCAGAGUUUAAGAAUCACUGCUGUCUACUGUACUGUAUUCUAUAAUUUGAUACAUAUACUAUUCCAGUCAGGGCCUUAGAAAGGUUUAAAAUCUUGUUGUAACUCACGUCAGUCAAUAAGUAGCAGCAGCGACCAGUUCUUUCCACAUUUAGCAACUUUUUUUUAAAAAAUUGCAAUGAAUUACAUUAUUUCUUGUAACUAUAAAUUAAAUAAAGACUGAUUCAUGUCCUUGUGA